GAUAACACGGGUACAAAACGCGAGAGCGUGGACGGAGGAGAUGUGUGUGUAUGUGUAAAAGCUCCUCUCCUGGGACAUUGGUCAGAGCGCUGGAACGCUAAAACCCAUAAAAUGUCAAAGUAGUAAGAGAUACCAGUUAGAAGAACAUUUCUGGAUGUGGAAAGGUGAGCUAUUUAAUUCAGGUUGAGGGGGAAAUGUGUAUAUUCGAAGGCGUUUGGAGCAGAUAAGUGAAACCUUAGCGGAAUAGAAACAUGGCGGCGGCAUCGGCAUCGGGAGAUCCCCCAGAAGAAGCUUCUCAUGGCAGCAGGGUGGUUUGGGUGUUUGAUUGUCGCCCUCAACAUAAAGAAGCUUCGGAGAAGAUGCUGAAUGUCACCAGUAUGAACUACAAGCAGUUCCUGUGUGCUGUGCGCAAGGAAUUUUCUAUCUCAGUAAAGGAAAGUUUUGUGAUCACAACAACCGAUCGCCGGGAGAUCGAUUCAGAUGUUUACGAUGAAUUGUCAGAUGGGAAAACUUUACACCUGCUACAGUCUGUGGAUCAGGAGUUGGCUGUGGCAACUGAAGAAAGAAUUAAAUACGUUCCUCAUUUCCACACUAUUGUGCAGAGCGGCCAGUACGAGUACUACGCCAGCGAAGGACAGAAGGCACUACCUUACGCCUUUGCUGAGCUUAUUGAUAACGCACUUUCUGCAACCUCGCAGAACACAGGAAAUAGGAACAUCGACAUAAGAUUGUAUUUUGAUGAGUCUCAGGGUGGGCCGGCAGUAGUAGUGAUGGAUAAUGGCCGUGGAAUGACCUCUAAAGAGUUAAAUAACUGGGCAGUUUAUCGCCUUUCCAAAUUCACCCGAGAUGACCGCACGUUUCGAAGUGAUGAAUUAAGAUAUGUGCGUCCCGGUGCAGUCCCUCGCAGUCUGAAUAGUGACAUCUCCUACUUUGGCGUUGGAGGCAAACAGGCUGUGUUUUAUAUAGGCCAGAGUGUACGGAUUAUAAGCAAGCCAGUUGGCUCUCCAGAUGUACACGAGUUUGUACUGUCCAAAGAUGACUUUGAGCAGAAGGAGAAAAACAACAAAGAAAUCUAUUCCGGCGUUAUUCGGAAUAGAAAGCCAGGAGAUGACUCUCAUGUCAGAGUGGAAGAAGAGCGUUUCCUGCAAUCUCUGGUUCUGGAAGAGUCCGGCAAGAACAGUUUUACAACUAUAGUCAUAACUGCAGUCCAGCCAGAACAUGUGGCCUACCUAAAACAGGAUUUCAUCUCAUGGACCAGAGAGCUGGCGCAUAUCUAUCAUUACUAUGUUCAUGGCAUACAUGGAAAUAACAUGAGAGAUGCACGAACUUCAGAAAAUAUGUCCAACAUUGACAUUCAGAUCUGUCUCAAUGACCGAUCUCCUCGAUUGCCAAGGUUUCUCAAUCUAAAAGAGAUUGAUGAUGACAUGCAAACUCUGUAUAUAAACUCCAGUGUGGCAGAGUUUGAGUUUAAAGCCAGCAAAGAAGGAGAUGCCAAAGUAGAGGGACUGCUUCGAUAUCAUCCAUUCCUUUAUGAUAGGGAAACCUAUCCAGAGGACCCAUAUGCAGCAACACCAGAUAUUGAUGAAGACUGUUUUGUUUCACAUGCUGAGGGCCGAGGCAAAAGACCCAUCUUUGAAUGCUUUUGGAAUGGACGAUUAAUUCCUUAUUCUUCUGUUAAUGAGUUUGAUUGGUGUGCAAGACCCAAGAAGGGCAGUUCAGUCCCAUUAGAAUGUUAUAAUAGGAUCUCAGGCGUCCUCUUCACUAAUGAUCGUUUUCAAGUCAGCACCAACAAACUAACAUUUAUGGAUCUGGAGUUACAGCUACGCGAUAAAGAGACCAUCUUUACAAGAGUUCUCAAUGGCCAGGAGCAAAGAGUGAAGAUCAACCGUGAGUUCACAAAUUGGUUGAAAGAGUGCCAUGAAAAAUUCGAUAAACAGGUGAAGUUCCUUGGUUUCCAAGGUACAAUAACACGCACAGAUGUGCAGCCUAAACGCCUGCAGUCACCAUGGGCUAAGUACAAAGCCAUUGUGUGGGAUGGUAAAACCUACAAAACUGGACAGCAGGUGAAGACAAUAAAAACUCAGCCUAUUCUAUAUGGUACAGUGGUUCAUUUUCUGCUCUAUGGGGACUAUGAAGAUGAUGUCUUUGCCACUGGGGGGCAUGUCCAAAUUGCACUGGAACCUAAGGAGUUGUGCAAUGAGAAGAGGAUCAUCCCUAUUGCUAAGAUUGACAGGCAGGCUACAGAUUCUGACAUCAAAGAAAGCAUUGAGAAUGAACUAGACAGACUUCCUGAUAAGUUGAGAAUCGUUUGGCCCGAGGGAAACCCAUGGACUGAGAAAGCUGUUAAACCAGCUGGGACUCACAUGGGUCCAAUCCAGGUUGAGAUUUUGAAUAAAAAAGGGGAGACGAUGUCCCGGUUGCCGAUUCAAAAUGCAAAUUCCAAGAAAUUACAGAUCGACCUCAAGGUGAUCUGGCACUCUCCUAACGGGGAUAUUAAAACCAACUCCCACACUGGUGUGCACUCGAAGUGGGGGUACUGGUUCAGAAAAAUGGAAAAUCUUAAUAAGCUGGGGUCAUACACACUUCAGAUGCAGGCUAUACAGAGUGAUGGCGAUUCCCCGACGAGCGAGUGGGCUGGAAGACAACUGCCUAAUUUUACCCUCAACUUCGGUAUUAAAGAGAGCACUGCAGCUACUUUUUCAGUGGGCUUUGUUCCGUCACCUGUUCAGGUAGGGGUGCCCUUCGUGUUGCCACUGCAAUUUACAGAUGAAUUCAAUCAUCCAACUCAGCCGCCUUCCGGCGUCAAUCCCCAGCUGGAGUGCAGUUCACUGAACCUGAGCUAUGAACAGACAACAAUAAAUGGAGCUACUUUCAACAUACAAGACCUGAGAGCCAUGGGUACACUAACCAACCAUCAGGACAAGAUACACACUGUAAAGGUAAAGAUCACAGGCCUCACCCCAGACUGCCAGUCUUUCCAGAUUAGCGUCCGUCCAGGCCCCCCGCAUCAGCUGGUGGUGACGCCAAAAGAAGAAGUUUGCAUAGAGAAUGGUACACCAGCACAAUUCAGAGUAGAAGUUCAUGAUGAGUUCCAGAAUAUCACAACGCAUUCCAAACUUAUUGUCCGCUGCCAGUUAUUUGGAACUUCUGAUUUGCCUGCUGACACGGUUGACUGCAGUAAUACCGGAACUGGUUGUCUGCUAGCAAAACCAAUACAGCUGAAGAACGUCACAACAGAGCGUACCCUCACAGCAAAAUUUGGCAUUCCUAAUCAGAAGUCAGUGGCUUGUGUUGAGAGAACAGUUCGUGUUUUGCCAAGCACCCGUGUUUUCCGUAUAGAGGUCUACAGAAAGGAGGAUGAUUCAGCCGAUGUGAUGGUAAUUCAGAAUAAGGAGCGUAUUAACUGGACGGCAGGUGACGCACUCGGGAGUCUGUGCUUUAAACUCUAUGAUGAGGGGGGCAGGCAGGUGGCUUUAACACACAAACUUGUCAAUAACAUAAAGGUGAACUGGGCUGCAGAUGUUAAAGCUGCAGAAUUGGUGAAGGGAAGACUACCAUGUGUGUCUGUCCCCACAAACGUACAUGGAGAACAAUUUUAUCAGGUGGCUUUUCAGGAUCAGCAAACGGUUGAUACAUCCUUUACCAUUGUCCCACGGCCAGAUGAGCCUGAACGCUUGAGGGUUGUUCUGAGUGAGACAACUGUCAUGAUGGGAGAGACUCUAUCUGGAAAUAUAUAUGUUGAGGUGAUUGAUCAGUAUGGCAAUAAGACAGAUGCUCUAAGUGCUGAGCGCAUGAACGCAGUCAGUGUGUCUGCAGAUAACCUUGAUGAAUCAGCCCUGAAUUUCGACUGGCAGACCAGCACAGGAAUGAUGGUGGUGACUGGCGUUCGCUUUGCAGGAGGCUUACCUGGUGUAAGGGAGUUGAGUUUUAAGUACCAGACUUUUGAGGAGUUAGUCAGAGUAAAAGUCACUGCUGGACCCCCAACAAAAAUCAAUCUGUUGGAGGCACCAGAAGAGCCCUCACAUGUGAUCAAUGGACAUGGUUUGGACACUCCAUUCGUGCUACAGUUGUGUGAUGACUGGGGGAAUCCUGUUCCAGAUCAGCGUGUUGUCAUAGCAAUAAAAACUCUCACACCUCAGCUCAAGGUUAAAUCUCCUGUGAUGUCUCAGCCUGUGGAUACGGAAGGAAAAGUUAGCUUCAUACUGAAGACCGUAACGGCAACAAUCGGAGAGAAUACACUGGAGUUUCGGGGAUAUUUUAGUCCAAGUAAUACUGUUCCUGGCCCAAUUGUGAAGCUGUGUGUGAUGCCUGAUCCCAACAAUCCAGCUAAGCUCAGUGUAGAAUAUAACACUGAUGCCAUCUUAAAAGCCGGAGAGGUUUUCCCUGUGUUCAAAGUAACUGUACUCUCUGAAGAGGGUGGACCUGUGAAGAAUUUGAGUCCAUCCAGUCUGUCCAUGCUGCUGUGGCCAGGCUUGGCUUCAGGAGCUCGCCCUCCAACAGGCGCAAUAACACUUAAAUGCAGCAAACCCGAAGAAAAGGAAAACGAUGACCACUUUUAUUUCAGAGAUAAAGAGAUUCCUUCUCGUGUAGGAAAGUACAUGGUGCAGUUUGUUUUUGCUGUAAACAAAAACAAGCCCAUCUGGAGCAGCCAGAUUGCUCUGAGUAUUGUUGCCAAUAAGCCAUUUAAACUGGUCCCAGACACACUUCCCUCAACUCCUGUGGUCUCCAACAGCAGCAAUCUAGCUGACCGUACGCUUUUUGAAAGGCUAUGCUUGAAAGUUAUGGAUGAACACAAUAACCCAGCAGGUAUGGGGAUUAAAGGAAAGGUGAUUCUGACUGUGACAGCUGUUGAUGAUGACGAUGCAGAUCUUCCUCUGUUCGAAAACAAGGCCAAGAGUCUAACAUACGAUCUUAUUAAUGGGGAGACUGUUAUCACGGCCUUGGCGCUUAUGGAGAAUAGUCCAGGAACUGAUGGAGCCGAGUACGCACUCCAGUUUCGUCCCGUGCUUGAAGGCCCCAAAUCAAAAGCCAACACCAUCCCUCCUUAUAAUUUGCAUUUCAGGUUCUGCAAUGAUGCAGAGAAGCAGAAAUUAAUGGCUGCUAUGAGUGCGAAGAAAGACCGUCUGUCUGAGUCUGUUAAAGUCUACAGAGAUAUUUUGGAGACCAACAAACAACUCACAGCUGAGCUUAAGGGUCAAGUGCAAGCUGCGAGUACUAAAGAAGCUCAGCUGAAACAGGAGAUCAAGAAAAGCAGCGUAGAUGUUUCAAAAUUAACUGAUGUGGCAUCAAUUGAUGGCUUAAUUGCUCAGAUGACUGCAGAUUUGGAGAGGCUGAAGAAUCUGCCUCAGCGAAAAUGCACCAUGCCUGAUCCUUUCAAAGGCAGCCAAGGCGUUCUAGGAAAGAUCGCACACCUGGCACUGGUGAAGGACGACGACGAAGCAAAGGUCAUUUCCUGGCAUAUUCUUGGCGACAUGGACUGCGUGGUCACCGUGACCACAGCUGCAGCGAAAAAAAUCUACGAUGAAACACAAGGACGACAACAAGUCAUGCCCCUUGAGACGAUAUUCUGGAAACAAAGUAACAGGCCACUGCCCCACAUCCGGAAUGGUCAAACUUUGUUCCGUCCAUUAGGAAACCCCGUGUUUGUCAGAGAUCUGCUAAUUUUUCCUGAACAUGCAGAAAGCUGCACCAUGGUCUUUGCCAAUAUUCUUGGUGACACCAUAAUAGUGGACGAUUUGGAUUCCGCUAACCAUUACCGCAAGGGGGUUGUCCAGUGUAAGAUGCAGUGUCCCACUCUGCUGACACGGAAAGGGGAACGUAUCCGUAGCAAUGGCAAGUUUGGCGGUUUACAAAACAAAGCUCCACCAAUAGAGAAGCUGAGAGGACACGUGUUUGGAGCACCACUGCCUCAGGAAUAUCACACCAUUUGCAAGCAGAAGGAGCUUCUACAGCAGUACUCUGUAGCAGUAGAGAAUGCAUUAAAAGUCAAAGCUGACUAUGAAAUGCACAUGGAGUAUCUGCAGAGUCCUCAGAUGAAGAAGAAGAAGCAGGAGCUCCAACAACAAGAGAAGGCGCUCCGAGAAAUCGAGAAAGAGCUUGGGAACGAAAUCAGCUCUCCUGUGCGUACCUCCCCUGGGUCAGGAAAAAGGAACCUUCAAGACGAGGAUGAGGGGUCUCCUUCGGUAAAACGGCCUCGACGUAAAUCCCGCAGACUACUGGAUACUUAAAUGACCAUCUCAGAAGUACAAUAAGUGCCAAAUAAAGUGUGUUUUUUGACUGCUGCAGCAUGAAGGUGUUUGAAAACAGAAAACAAAACAGUUUAUUAAAUGUGAAGUAUUUUCUAUCCGGGAGUGCAGUCUAUCUGUUUUAGUUGGAACACUUUUUUUUUUUUAUAUUUUUAUAUCUAUCUAUAUAUGUGUAAAAGGAACUACUAUUGCUACAUGUCAAACUGUUUCUCUUUGCCUUGAACAGAAAGAGAAUUUUUUUACGUUAUGGACCAUGUCCACACUGACCUUUUUAUGUUUUUUUGUAUUUAAAGCAGGAAAAAAAUAUAUGUUUUUACUUGA